GGAGCGUUGCCGCACCGCGCGGGGGGAGCCGAUGAAUCAGCUGCCUGAUCUUCACUAGCGAUGAUUGAGGUCUUUAUACAGUGCUCCGAUGGAUUAAUCCUUGAGCAUGGAUUAGCUUUACUUUUUCUGGAGAAGGAGCAUGGAUUAGCUAGGAUGAACAGUAAUCAGAUUUGGUUCCUGUAAUCCUUGAUUGAUUAAUCAGAUUUGAUGAACAGUAAUCAGACAUGGUCGGCAGCAAGAUAGGCCCACAUUGCCUGCGCGGAGGAUUUCGCGAGCCCGUCGCUCUGGGCCUCGGGAGCGGCCUGCUCUGCUCGUGCUACCGACUGGACGGACCCUAGCUAUAAAAUGCCGACGAAUCCCCAACCCUAACUCUCCUUCCAUUUCCGAUCCUUCUUCCGGCCGGCGGCAGCAACAACACCCACUGGCCGAGCCUAGCAAGAAGCUUCUUUCAAGAAUGGAUGUCCUCAUCAAGAACCCCACCGGCAGCACGACCCCCCUGAGGGUCUACCCAUCGGACACCGUGCGUGAUGUCAAGGCAAAGAUUCAGGAACAAUACCCCCUCUUCUUUGGUGGGGUGCAGCUGGAUGACAGCCUUACACUGGCCAAUUACAACAUCCAGCAUGAAUCCACGAUCGACCUCCGCGAGAAGAUGAACAUGAAGGUCUACGUGACAGAGACGGUGGCGGGCAGGACCAUCACGAUCAACGUCAACAGUCUAGACACCGUCGAUAACUUGAAAUCCAAGAUCCAGGACCUUGAGGGCUUCCCGAAGGCUCAGCAGUGCCUCGUCUUUGCCAGCACGCGGCUGGAUGACGGGAACCGCACCAUGAUUGGCCACAACAUUCGGAAUGAGUCCACCCUUCUCCUUGUCCUCCUCCCGUGUAUUCCGAGAGGAGACAUGAUGCAGGUCUUCGUGAGGACGCUGGAUGGGAAGACCAUCACUCUUUGGGUUGGUAGCUUGGACACGGUCGGCAGUAUCAAGGUGAAGAUCUACGAGAUGAAGUACGGCCCUUUCCCUAAACAGCAGCGUCUCAUCUUUCAAGGCAAGCAGCUGGAGGACGGCCACGCAUUGGCGGACUACAGCAUUCAUAGGGAUUGUACCCUUCAUUUGAUGAUCCGCCAGCAUUCAUAGGGAGUCUACACUUCAUUUGAUGCUCCGCUACCUGUUUGGUUGUUGAGAUGGAUUGCCUGAACAGCGAUUGAACCACCAGUUCUAUUUUGCUGCCGUCUUACAGUAGCGGUGUGUCAUUUGUAGUACCACUAGUAUUGCUCCACUCUGUUACCAAGUAAAACUACCAUUCUUGUACGUUAAUGUGUUGAGUAGUUCUUGUUAUCUGUAAGAGAAAACACUAAUAUACUAUCAAGAUUCCUAAGUCUAUCGUCUUGGCAUCAGCAAGUUGAUUUAUUUAGAAAUACAUCCAGUUGCGGACAA